AUGAUUCAGCUUCUGUUCACGUUGAUAUUUUCGGAGGCCGCGAUGAUAGCUUUGCUGCUGUUCAAGACCCCGUUGAGGAAGCUUGUGAUAAUGGGGCUGGAUCGGUUGAAGCGGGGUCGUGGACCCUUGAUUGUGAAGACCGUAGCAGGGACCAUUCUCGUGGUGCUCCUCUCGAGUGUGUACAGCAUGGUGAAGAUUCAGAAGCGUGAGAUUGAGGAGGGUGGUUCUGUUAAUCCCACCGAUCAGGUUCUCAUGGCCAGGCAUCUCCUUGAAGCAACACUCAUGGGUGCUAUCCUUUUUCUUGCGCUUAUGAUAGACAGACUACAUCAUUACAUAAGAGAACUGCGGAUUCGUAGAAAGGGCAUGGAAGCUGUCAAGAAACAAACAAGAGAGUCUGAAGAUGGGAAAUAUACCUUUGCAGAAGAAAUGAAGGGUGUGGAGGAAGAAAGAGCUAGAUUGAGAGCUGAACGUAGGCGCCUACAAUCUGAAGUACAGUCAAAAGUUAAAGAUGCAGAUGUUGCAGUAGCCAAUGUAUCUGCCCUGAGAAAACAAUCUGAGGGUUUCCUUCUUGAGUAUGAUCGCUUACUUGAGGAAAACCAGAACCUACGCAACCAACUAAAAUCCUUGGACAGGAAAUUGUCACAUUCAGGUUCCAAGAAGAAUAUGUAA